AUGGCAUCCAAAGCUGCAACACCACCAUACCCUAGUGCAGCUAGAAUUGCUGAUUCUCCAUGUUAUCAGCAGUACACUGCCUCUCUCAAAUGUCUUGAAGAAUUUGGAUCAGACAAAAGUAAAUUUCAAGACCAUUUUGAUAUUUACAAGGACCGCAAGAAAAAAGAGAGGGAAGCUCGAUUGGAACGUAACAAGAGUCAAUCUUUCUUUUCAUGGAAUUGGAUUGGAGUUCUUUCUUGGGUGUCUCCUACUUCUCGCCAAACCACAUGGGUGGUAGGAUGCUGAUUCCUCUUCUCCUAUGGGAUUAGAAUUAUAGACCCAACAGAUUUCUACAAACUAGGCACUGUGGUUUGACAAUGAAGAAAUAGAAAAAUUAUAUCUUGCAGGAUCCGCAUAAUGAUCUUAUAUUUGUCAUAUUAGUGCUUUCCGAAUCUUCUUUUUUCCUGGUAAUUGGAAUGAGAAAAAUUAU